AUGGCGAAGAACAACAGCGACAACAGCAUGGAGUGGUUGCUGGAUCAGACCUUGGAGAUCUUGUGUCAUACACGCAACAUUGAAUUACCUCUGACCUCUUUACCCACCGCCGAGCACUCGACAGCAUUUGGGGACUACUUUGCCGCGCUGGAAGAGGUGAAAAGGGCCUUGGUCGACAUGGACAAGCACCAUGAAGCCGAGGCAAUAGGAAGGGCGGCGGAAUAUGCGGCUGAAUCAACAAUGCAAGGUGGUCUGGGAAUCCAAAGCACGCAGGAUCUGGAUCCUAAAUCCCAAGAGAAGGUGUUGGCAUCCGUCGAGGCUUGGUUGGAAUCACUCAACGCGGCCGAAGCUGCAAGACGGCUCCUGAAACCACUGACUGCAAAGUCGAUGGGCACAAGGCCCAUGAAUCUGACCGAGAAGAUCUUGGCUCAUCACUCGAUCGACCCGCUUCCACUCCAAGGCGUCAAGGAAGGGGACUUUGUUCGCCUCUCCGUGGAUUGGAUCAUCGCCUCCGAAUCCUCGUGGUUUGGCAUGAGUAAAACACUGCGUUAUCUCCCUGAUUUCAGACCGUGGCGCAAUGAUCGAUUAUGGCUUGCCGCCGAUCACGUCGUGGAUCCUAGAACGUACGAAACGCCUUUGAAUCGACGGCUGAUCGAUGCGACGGACAAUGCAGCCCGUGACUUCAAAUUGACCGACUACAAGGGUCCCAAUUACACCAUCAUACACACCGAGUUUGUGCGUCAACGAGCAGAGCCCGGAUUAUUUGUCCUUGGCGCGGAUUCUCAUACUUGUUCCUCGGGAGCUGUAGGAUGCCUCGCCAUUGGCCUCGGGGCGGUUGACGUUGCCAUUGCGUUGGCCACCGGAGAGAGUUGGAUCAAGGUCCCAGCAUGUAUCAACAUUCGGUUCGUCGGCCGACCUGGACUGGGAAUCGGUGGCAAAGAUGUCAUCCUAUACAUCCUGGGAGAAUUAAAGCGAAACACUGUCGCGGCAAACCGUAUUGUGGAAUUUUCCGGCCCGGGAAUUCAACAUCUCUCCGUCGAUGCGAGAUUUGCAAUCUCGAACAUGUGUACCGAAUUCGGUGCCAUUACGGGAGUGUUUGUUCCUGAUGCGUUGGUCAAAAAUUACAUCGACAGUCGGAAGCAAAAGUCCAGGCGCUCGUCUCCGCUCUACUUCCGCCCCGACGCCGAUUGCCAAUACGCCGAGUCCUUUGAAAUCGACCUCUCCAAGGUUCAAUCGUACGUGGCCAUUUACCCAUCACCGGAUGAUGUCGUGCCGAUCUCCCAGCAAGUCGGACGAGCGUUGGACGGUUGUUUCAUCGGAGCCUGCACCACUACCGAAGAAGACUUGAUUCUGGGUGCUCUCGUCUUGCAAGUUGGACUGCGGAAGGGAUUGAAAAGAAAACGGGGCAAAAAGCAUGUGGUCCCUGGCUCUUUACCGAUCACCGAGCGCCUGGAUAAAUUAGGGUUGUUGGACUUCUACCGUGAAGCUGGGUUCGUUGUUGGGGUGCCCGGAUGCAGCUUCUGUGUCGGCAUGGGCGCCGAUCAAGCCCAAGAGGGUGAGGUGUGGCUCUCGUCCCAAAAUCGCAAUUUCAAAAACAGAAUGGGAAAAGGAUCGAUCGGGAACCUCGCUUCGGCCGCAGCGGUGGCAGCAUCCUCAUUCAGCAUGACGGUCACAGAUCCAGCGGAAUUCUUGGAAGAAGUCGACAUGAGGUACUAUGAUGAUCUGCGGAAGCCAGGAAAAAGGAGCCUGAAGUCCUCUCAGUCCGCUCCAGUGCCAACAACUCCAUUGACCUACGUCGAGCCCAAUUUCGUGAGCAAACCUCCAGACAGAGUGGAUGAUGCUCAUUCAGUGUUACCGGAGGGACCAGCAAAAGCGACGGCAGGAGAUGCAAGAUCAGACUCCAAUGACGGCCAAGAGCCUCAGAGCUAUCACCCGAUUCGUAGCAAGGUGAUUAGACUGGGCGACUUUAUUGACACGGAUGCGAUUGCCCCGGCCGAAAGUCUUGUGACAGCAAUCACCGACGAGGAUCUGGGGCAGCAUUGUAUGAAGUAUGUCAUGCCGGAAUUCAGGGACAAGGUCCGCAAUGGCCAGCGCGUGAUUGUCGGAGGACAAGCCUUUGGAGUUGGUUCUUCGCGUGAGGCGGCGGUGAGAGCUUUCAAUGGCCUCGGCGUCCAAUGUGUCAUUGCACGCUCUUUCGCCUUCAUCUAUGGCCGCAAUCAACCCAAUUUAGGGUUACUGGGGAUCACCAUCACGGACGAUCAUUUCUAUGAUCUCGCAAAGGACGACGUCGACAUCGAGAUCAGGUUAGAAGACAGGACGAUCAUGGUCGCGGGCUUUGCGUUCGACUUUUCAUUAACAGAUAUGGAAUUGUCGCUCACGCGAAAUCAGGGGAUGCUACAGGCAUACAGAAAGUUUGGGAAUCGACUGUUCCAGGCCUUGGGCAAUGAGAGCCACGAGGGCCACGAGGGCCACGAGUUCGCGGAAAGACCAACGACAGAGGUGCUCGAAUUGUCUGCGGCAGUAGAAGAGCUGCAAUGUCGAUAUGAUGACCUCCUUCAGCAAGUGCAACGACUGCAGUCGGCGAUUCUGGAAUCCAACCGGAGCCCUCCUAUCUCGUCCAAUGCUGCUGAGGGGGAAGUGGGAGUCGCUGGAUUGAACUGGCUCAGCUCGAAUGGUUUGGACAACGAAGCCUUGCAGAUACAACAAACGGUCCGAUCGCCGUCGACAGGCCAGUUCCUCAAAAGUGCCGACCGUGUCCCCUUCAUAGAGACUACGGAUGCGCUUGGCAUCCAGGAUCCAACCAUGCCGAGCAGUUUUCUUUCAGAGAACUAUUCCCUUUCAAAGCUGCCAUCGUGUGAACCACCCUCCCCGGAGAUACGCAGCGUUACCUUGGCUCGUACAAUCGACACCGUUACGCUCACAGCGGAGCCGAUUAACGAGCUGUUCCAAAUAUAUUUCGCAGAUUACCAUCCAUUGAUGCCUUUUCUGGAUCCAACUGCAACACCCAAUGACUACUACUCUCGUUCACGCUUUCUCUUUUGGGCCAUCAUUAUUGUUGCCAGCCGUCGAUAUGACAAAGAACCUUCACUUCUCGGGAGCCUUUCUGGGCCGGUGCUGGCUCUGGCGUGGAGGUCGAUCGAGGCACUACCUCACACACCUUUCGUGGUUCAAGCGAUUAUUCUAGUCUGUACAUGGCCAUUCCCCACGACAUCUAUGUGGACCGAUGCAUCUUUCAUGCUCAUUACGGCGGCCAAAAGUGCCGCCAUGCAGAUGGGAAUUCACCGGCCGGAGUGUAUUCAGGAUUUCUCACGGGAUGAAAGAUCACUGAGUCCUGAAGGCAUCCAGGACUCGGUCAAGCUAUGGGCGAGUUGUUAUAUUGCAAGCCAACGCAUCACAUCUGCUUUUGGCCAGGAAUCCAUCUUCAAGCCAGAUCGACUCAUCAAUCGCGCCAGCCAGUUGGAUAACAUCUAUGCGCUGCCUCCAAGCCUUCACGACACCCUGAGAAUGGCGCAUUUCUCGGUGCGGAUCAGCGCUCUCAUGUCAGAGAACACCAACACUCAGUUUGGGUUUCCUGCCGAGAAUGAUUAUGACCGAGUCAUACAACAGCUUGAAUCGGGAUUAGAUGAUCUCGAUCGUCAAAUACCGCCCAACGCUACAGAUUAUAACCGUGUGCAGCGGCACUCUGCUCGGCUCCAGCUCCGUGUCUUCCACUUCUUCGAAAUGGGGGACGAAGAUUGCCGCAAGACUGGUUUGUUAAAGGCCUUCCAGACGGCGUUGAGACUGGUCGAAUGCGUUGUCUCGGCCGAUUCCAAGUCGAAUUUUCCGAUUUGUGCUCCGACCCAUUUGUAUCGGUGGUUGAUUGUCGCGGGAAUUACGAUUCUGAAAAUUCUAAACUCCAGUUACUCCAGUCUGGUGGACUAUGAUUCUGGCAAGCGAAACUUCAAUGCUAUCAUCAAGCUCUUGCGCCGCUACUCCUUGCAAGACAACGAUAAUUUUGGACUGCACACCCGGAUUUUGAGUCAGCUAUGGCACUUUCACCAAUCUUCGCCCGAAAUCAAGGCCGCUCCACCAACGCUUCGUAUCAAGACAAGGCUCGGUGCGAGUGUCCUGCAUGAUGCUCUGUGGAUAUGGAGGAAACGGUACAAAAUGGAUGGAAUGUCUUCCAAUUCAGACCUUGCUCAGGGCAAAGGUCCGCUUGAUUUGACCUUUUUUGGGAUCUCAAGCAAAGCACCUCAAAGUUCCGAGGACCCAAAUCUGUUUGGAAACGAUAUCGGCGGUCCGGACUGCAUGGUGGACAUGGAUUUAACGUAUUGGCUGGCUCCGGAAGUUGCAAACAUGCCGCAGGAUUGGCAACGUUUUUAA